AACGAGUACACAAUUCAAUUUUAAAUUGAAUAAUUGUUUCGACGAACAUUUUACCUUUGAAAAGUAAAAAAAAAUUGCAAGAAUAUCUUGCGGAAGAUAAAAUCGAUUUGAGAGAAAAAAGGCAAAUUAUAAUCCAAAACUGUGACGUUGAAUUUUAUCAAUUUUUAUCGCAAUUUCUUAAAAAGGUGAUUCAUUUAUUACGGACGGGCUUGGCGGAUUUAAAAAAACGCAAGAUAAUAAAAAUUGUCUUGUAUGACUUCGAGAUUAAAAAAAAAUAUCAUCAGCAAUUAUAUUGCUCAUGUGACGAUAUGAGCGCAAAUAACAUUUUUUAUGGAUGAUAUUUUAAUUUGUGAUUAGAAAUUCAGUGGCAGUAACGUAUAACAGCUCGUGAAUGAACCGUCGAUGUGUAAUUGGAAAACCAAAUUUAAUGCAAUUGUCGUGCAAUAAAUUGACAAUAGGCAUGCAAACCGCAUUGUAUUUACAUUCUUAACAAAAUACAUGAAAUAAAUUUGGAAUCCAGAAACAAGUCACAUAAAUACAUCAACUAUUACAAUUUCAAUGUAAAAUAUAGUUUCGUAUAAUUGAAUUAAAACUACCGCUGUGAUAUUAAUAAAAACAUGCUGUUCGAAUUGUUUAAACACAAAAAAAAUUUCUGUAACAAAAAGUGGAAAGGCUUGAUACCAUAACAAGUUAAACAUUUUAUAAAUGUGAGAAAAUGAAUGACAAAAAUCGUGAGUAUAAUCGAAAAGUGAUUCCAUAUAUUCGGGUUGAUUCGCCAUUAGCACUUCAGUCGUAUAUUUGUACAUCGAGCAGUGAAGAAAGUAUUCCAGUUGAUGCGCCGCUUGUCCGUCAAUCAAGUGGUAGCAUUGACAUAGACACAUUACCAGCGGAACUGCGUCAAAAAAUCGUGGCAAAUGGAAUUGAUAAGCAUACAAAUGACUACACGGAGAAUGUAAGAGAAUCUCAGGACCUGAGAGAAUCCAUUCAAGAUAUUACCACCCAAACUUCGCCACCAACACCGGACUCAUCCAUUGGCAGUGCAUCAAAUUUGCCAUCGUUUGCAUCAAAAGAUCGAUCGGCUCGAGGUAAUUUGCGCAGAAAUUCAAUCUCAUUGCCCGCACUAACCAACAUCGAUUUGAAUGAACUUCAAAAAAUUCAUAAAACUUCAAUUGAGUCGCAGCAAGCGGAUAGUCAAUCGAGUAUAAAUGAUGCAAGUGAUGAACAAACACCGCCCGAAUCGCCGCUACCGUCACCAUUGAAAUUGGUUCAACAAUGCAACGCCGUUACUGUGGACAAUGGUUCGAAAAUUGGAUUUUCGGCUGCAGUCACCAAGGCUGGCAACGAUAUAGAACAAGCAGCUGAUCCGAACGAAAACAGCGACAGCGAUAACGAAAAUGAAAAGAAAAAACCACAAUUUCAGUCAUUUUUCCGAACAAAGCGACGUUUGUCUAUUGCACCAUUGCCAGCACUGCGUUUGAAUGAUAAAGAGAUGAUGGCGAACGAAUUCGAGAGUCAGAGCAUGAUAAGCAAUCAAAAUUCAAUAACAAGUGUCAAUUCGUUGGCCAGUUUAUUGAAGGAAAAGAUGCAGAUGUUCCCGUCCAUGAUUCGUCGAAAAAAAGAAACAACAAGUGAUAUAAAAAUUAAAGCGUUCGUUCUGACGCUAUUUAUGAUCAUUGUAUUUCUCGUUGGGUAUGCAUACGUUGCAUACGAACAACAUGUAUUGUCAUACUUGUAUUUCGGUCGCAUUCAAUUUGACAAAGAUACGAGAGUGUUUCGAAUAUUCGAUCAUCGCCGUAAAUUCAUCGAGGGUCGUUUAGGUCGAAAUAUUAUCGAUGGCAAACCAUUUCAUUGUGUAAAUGGAAAUGCGCACGAUGGUAGCCUGUGCAUUGAAUGGGACAGCGAAGCUCGUUUGUAUAUGAAUGAAGACAAAACACGAGAUGGAUGCUUCACAUUGCGUUGGCAAGCAUUGAAAAAUGGCACAUAUCCAACAGAUUGUUUUGACAUUGGUGAUAAAGUGCAUUGGUUUGGGGGUGGCAUCACGAAAAAGAACGACUGGCCAUUGAGUCGCGGAAAAUUUGACUUUGAACCGUUCAUAACGGGCGAUGCACGAGCACAGCAGUUUAGCAAUGCACUAAAUCGACACUUUAUCAGUUCGCAUAGUGUGUCGAUUCGUGUUGAUGAACGAACACCACUGUAUAUUAGCAUGAACCAUAGCAAUUCAAAUGAAUUUUGCUUGAAAGCGAUGAACGAUAAUUUUGCAUUUGUAAAUCGAAUGACACCGUAUCCAGAAUUGAGCUAUGAAAUAUGUAUUGCUGAAAAUAUGAGAAAAUUGCACAACAUGACGGUGGAAAAAAAACUAGCACCCGACGGUCAACUAUCGGAAGCUGAUUUAAAAGUUGUUUAUUCGCUGAUGGAAGAGCCGGUGUGGCAAAUUCCAGCAUCAAGUUUUGAUCAGCUCACCGAAACGGUUAUAUUCAAUUAUACCGAAGAAGUUGUUGCAUUUAGCUAUAUGAAACCGGGCCACAUUUUGGUGAAUGAAUUUUGGCAAAAGGAAAUCGGUGAUUUUACUGUUGACACCGAACGUUUUCAAUAUUUUGCCGAGACCAUUAAAGAAUUGCAUAAAAAAGGUUUUCGCAUCGUUUUAACGGUUCAGCCAUUCAUUAGUACGGAUUCGAAAAGUUUCAAAGAAGGUGUUGAAAAAAAGUUGCUCAUUUAUGAGCGCCUGUCUGAACGAAGUAUUCCGGCAUUGACGCGGUAUAAAAGUGCACCAAGUACCGGAGUAUUGGAUAUAACAGUUAAUGUGUCAUGGUUGUUGCAAAAGCUCAAUAAAGUCGUCAAAGACUAUCAAAUUGAUUCAUUUUUCUUGGACUUUGGCACCGCCUAUAAUAUGCCCCAUUAUUAUCAGUGUCAUCGAAGUUUACUCAAUCCAGACGAAUACAAAACAAUUUUUGGCCAAAAGUUUGACGAUUCAAUUAAAAUAAUGGCCUAUUCCGGAGCGAUAACGGCACCAAAAUUACCAUCAUUUUUGAGUCUGCCGCCAGUGAAUGCAUCAUGGGAAGGACUCCAAUCGAUCUUACCAACUGCAUUGGCAUACGGUGUGGCUGGUUUUCCAUUUAUUAUGGCCGGUGCUGUUGGAGGAGAUUAUUAUGUUUCCGGCAAUGAUUCGACUAUUCUUUCAUAUCAUUCAUUGGAUCAGCCACAACUUCCCGACCAAGAAUUAUUCAUUCGUUGGUAUCAACUCAGCACAUUUUUGCCGAGCAUACGAUUCAGUCACUUACCGGAGGAGUACAAAAGUGAGAAAGUCACCACCGUCGAAAAAGAAUUGUUAUCCAUUCGUGAAACAGUUGUUAUUCCGAUUCUUAAAAAGUAUAUUAAUGAAGCCAUCUACGAUGGCAAACCAUUGAUUCGACCAUUGUGGUUGCUUGAUUCCAUACCGGAUGCAGCAUGUUUGGAAGAAAAUGAAUUUUCCAUUGGCGAAGAUUUGAUUGUGGCACCGAUUCUCUAUCGAGGGGUAAAUAAACGUACCAUUUAUUUGCCGAGUGGGUUGUGGAAAGAUGGAAUUGAUGGUACAACUCGUAAAGGUAAUACAUGUCUCUACCAAUAUUCUGUGCCAAUUCAUCAAGUUCCCUAUUUUAUACGCAUACCAACCAAUUCAACGUCAUAAAUAUAUCGGUUUCGAAUGCGAACGUUUAUUUUUCUCAUUUAUCGAACCUCAUCAAGUGAUAUAUUAAUAUAUACGUAUACAUUUAUCAAAUAACAAACAUAUAUAAUGUUUUAUAGAAUUUUCAAUUCACAUUUAUUUUAACCAAUUUCCAUUUUAUCAAAACAACACGAAAAUGCAUAAAUAUUAUGAUGAUUGCUUAGGUAUUUUGAUUCAGUUAUGAGAACGGAUAUAUUAAACCAAUGAAAGUCGAAUUAUAGCCAUGUUGCAUUGUAUUGUAAUAAUCAGAAUGUUUUGAAUAAAAGUCAUAAUUAAACGUGAAAAUAUGCCAA